UAAAACAUAAGUUCAAUCUCACGCUCUCAAAUUCAUUUAUGACUUGAAACAGCUUAGGCGAGUUGAGUUUAAAUAAAACCAAUUCUGAAAGUAAGCAAAAUGGAUUGUUACAAUAACAAAAUCUUGAUGCUUGUUAUUUUUUAUGUGACUGCUUCGAGUAUUAACUGUGCACCUUUCUCUUAUGAGAAUGGUACAAAUGCUGGUGAUUUGAACGGCGAGAAAUUAAUGGAGAUAGGAAAGAAACUCAAAUUACCUAUGUUACAAAUGAUAGGUAAGACAAUUGACAACAUUGAAAAGGAAAUUUGUAAACUACACCCAUGUUCAGACUGGAGUGUGUGGUCCGUUUGCGUGGCUCGCUUUGGUCAGAUAGGUUCAAAAGUCAGGACACGUCAAUGCAAUGUGAAUAAGACAAGAUGUGAGAUACACUCAAACAGCAGAACAGAGAAAGAGUUUGGAAUUUGUAUUGGAUAUUGUCCUAAUGGAUAUAAUAUCACAAAGAAUGGAUUUUGCAUCAAAUUUUAUUCAGACAAAAAAGUGAAAAAAGAAGCAGAAAAGCAUUGUCAGAAAGAUGGUGGUCAUCUGGUGAAUAUUGACUCUGAAUUGAAAUAUAAUGAUGUUAGUAGUCUUCUAACAGACCUCAAUACUAACAGAUGGAUCUGGAUAGACGGACAUCGUAAAGAUGUUAGUUCUCCAUGGAAGUACACAUAUGGAUCUCAAAAAGGGUUCUUCAAGUGGUCAAUUAGUGAACCACACAACGGAUCAAAUGAUCUUUGUUUGUUUAUUACUUUGUACAGCCACGGCGUAAAGUGGCAUGAUAUUACAUGUACAUCAUUACAUGUCUCAAUUUGUGAAAUUAGCAAAGAACAUGUAGUAUAUUAACAUACUUUAAACUUUCAAAAGAAUGGAAAAUGUGUAGAAUUUAAGGGAAAUCAAUGUAAAAGUUAUUAACAGCAAAAAAAAUUUAGUUUUGACAAUUUAUUUACACAUCCUUCUCGUGUAUACAUUGUAUAUGCAUGAGAUCUAGUCAGGCGAUAAAUCUGCUAUGUUAGGACACUGUUAAUUACAUGCAAAUAAAGUCGUGGUUAUGACUAAAGAACAAGCGAAUUAUUCAGUGUUAUGAUUGACUUUGGGUGCUGACCAAAUACUGAUCGUUGUGGUCGGGGACUUUACACCUGACUUUCUAUGUUCAUGAAUAAUAUUCAGUACAUAAAUGCAAUACUGGAAGAUUUUUCUUCAUACAACUUAUUUCAGUAUGUUUAGGUCAGGCAUUCAGACACGUUUACGAAACGUUAAUUAUAAUUGGAUUUUAAAGAAUAUAUUUAUUGGUACAAUGAAUGUACAUGUGCUUUCAAAAUUUCUUCAAUUUAUAUUUAGUUUUAACACUUUGAAUUUUUGUUUACUAAUUUUGUUAAGAUCUAAACAUUUUGCUGAUAUACGUCGCACGGCCUACGUACGUUACUUUUUGAUACUAAGGCAAUAAAUAAGAAUUAAUCAACUCGUUGUACGAUUGUUGUUAAUUUCAUACCUUGAAAUCCCUUAAAGUUUGAAUGCACUGUUCCAAA